AUGGAUCAUUUAUACCAACUGCUUUGUAUACCAAAAGCGCCUUCUCUCCAAAUCUCUGAUUUGAAGACGGGUAACUUUAACCAAUUCCUCGAUGUGUCCAUGAAAUCAUCAGCCAGCAUUGAGAAAAACCGCCAACUCAAGAAUGAUGCCGCAAAGGAAUUUGCCAAGCUUGUCGCUGCCAAGAGCCAUAGUCCUAGCAACACAAUGCGAACCAUCAAUGACAUCUUCAAGAGCGCUUCGGGUGCCUGUCAUUUGGAUCGCGAGCGUGCCUUGAUUGAUUGGCUUCAAGUCUGUGUCUCUACUGCUGUUGAAUUUGCUUUAGAUCCCGAGAAGGCUCAACCUGUCCAUAAUGAAAAGCCUCUUCCUACGCCUGCCAGUCCAAAGAAACAAACAUCGGCCAAGAAAGGCAAGAAGCAACAGCCACAAGAAGACGAUGAGUAUGAGCUAGAAACAGAUGUGUCUUGGGAGGAGGAUGAUGGGGAUAGAUAUGACAUGAUUGGAAGCUCUGAUGAUGAUUAUGUUCCUUCCAUGGAGGAUGGUGUUAUACCUUCCAAGCCUCGCCCUUCAAGAAAGAGUGGUAACGGCACCACCCCCGCCAAGAAGGUGCCUCGUAAGAAGAAGAACCAAGAUCAAGUGGUGCCUCCUUCUCCACCAAAGAAUAACAAAGAAGCCACCAUCCCCAUCAUCAAGGAAGGUGCUGGUCCAAAGGCGCUUCAAAAGUAUUUUGCUGAUCUCGAGCAUGUGGAUCCUGGAUUCAAGUCAACAUCGGAUGCUGUUCUACCUGGUGGCUACUUUGCAAGAGCCUUCUUUUUCCCUUCCAAAGAUAGUUUCAAUGCCUUUUUGUCAGUCUUGUAUUCAGCCACGAAAACGAUCGAUAUCUGUGUGUUUGCAUUUACGGAUGAUGAUGUCGCUGAUGCAUUGAUUGCUGCCAAGAAGCGUGGUGUAGCUAUCAAGAUUAUUACGGAUAAUCAACAAGCGGCUGGUAAGGGUGCUGAUGCAAAGCGAUUGCAAGAGUCGUAUGGUAUUCCCUUCAAAACAGACAAUACCACUGGUUACAUGCACAACAAGUUUGCCAUUGUCGAUAGUGCGACUCUUAUCAACGGUAGCUUCAAUUGGUCCAAGGGUGCACGAUUCAAGAACAGAGAAAACGUCUUGAUCACCAAUAUUCCUAUCUGUAUCAAGGAAUUCCAGGGCCAAUUCGACUCGCUUUGGGCAGAGUUCUAA